AUGGAAGGACAAGAAACCCAACCACCAAUGCAAGAACCUCAAAUGAACCAACCACCUAUGGGUGUCGACCCAAACAUGCAACAAAUGGGACAGCCACCAAUGCAACAAAAUCCCCCUAUGGUAAUGGAUCCUAAUAUGCAACAGAUGCAACAACCACCAAUGCAGCCAAUGCAACCGAUGGGUAUGGAUCCUAAUAUGCAACAAUCUAUGACACAACAAAGUCAACCAAUUGUUUACCAACAACCACAAGGCACUCCAGUUCAACCACAAGUUGUUCAAGCCUCACAACAACCAACUGUCUUCACAAAGGUUUCACAACAGGCGUUCUGCCCAACUUGCAAUAAAUUAGUGACGACAAAAGUUGCACAUAAUAUGUCUGCUUUGGGGUGUUUGUUGUGCUGUUUGUUCACUUGGAUGGGGUGCUGCUGCAUUGGUCUCAUAUUCUGCUGCAUUCCAACGUUCGCUGAUACCGUACAUACGUGCCCAACUUGCCAUAAUAAACUCGGGACUUGCGCCGCGAAGUAA